GUGAGAGAGAGACAGAGAAGCCGAUCCUGAGUGACAAGGGAUACACGAGAACAUGGGGAGGUGGCAGCGGGGGGGAAGAGUAUGCAGGAUUCUGGAAGAGCGAGGAACCGAUUUUCCUUUCUGCGCAGCCACCAGUUAGAGAUGGUGUUAAUGAAAAACAUUGGUUUGCCCCGUUUUUGAGCAAGAACGAGAGAGACACUGAUUUCUCGGAAUGCACUGUGACUUGUACGCGCUAUCUGGGAUUUGCCGGUGGCUGCAGGCGACGGGACGAAGUUGAAGAAACCAAGAAACAUAGGCUCUCAUUGUUGCGGACAAGACUGCUUAUCCUACGCGAAGCCGCUGCUGCCGCUGCUGCAGCGGCGGACAAUGAAGCAGCAACAAACGCCCUCAUGAAAGCGGCGAAGGCUGAAGCAACACUUAACAGGGAACGCAUGGUCGAUGCCGGAUUUGAUCUUGCCAGCCUCUCCUAGUUGGAGUUAUUUGUAUUUACCAAGUGGGAGGGGAGCCCCUGUUGCUAGCGAUAUCAUUCUGUACUUUACUCGAAAUCUCUUCUGCAGGUUGACGAGCCAAGGUGGUUUUCCGCUUAUGUGCUGUGGUUGUAGAUAUCAGUGGUUUCUCAGAGCAUCUGCUUUUGUAGGCGAUUACUACCAUGGUCGAUGCAUCCGUUGUGGGAUAUAACUGUAGAAUUUCUACAUCUUCCAUGAUAUGCAGUAAACCUUGUCCUGAUUCUGGUGACUCAGUUUUUUACAUUGGGAAGAAAAAGCUAGAGGCUGUACUCGCAAGCCAAUUUGAUUAGCCAGUCCUGCUGUACCUCCGGACUUGAGCCAGGCGACUCCACAUGGUGGGUAAAAAGCAACAGACAAGUUUGAAGGGAAGACAUCCGCGGUGGGCUCAUUGCUUCUCAGAGUCACGUCGUCGCAUCUGAUUCGCCCAGUAGUCACUCCAUGAACAAGAAGCCGUCACAACAACGCACAUUCACUCUACUUGUCGAUUUGUAACGCCGUGUCUGUCAUGGUUCGCACCCCGGGCCUCACUUGGCGGCACACGAGGGACGGCGAGGUUGUCACUUUCUGCUGAAAAGAAGCAGUUCUACUCGGUCGAUCCACGUUUAUCAGAACACGUUGUCAGCGGAUAGUCGGGAGGCGAAAUAAUCUUCGGAUUUCUACAGGGUUACCAACGCUGUUGCGGCAUGUGUCUACUGUAUCCCUGUGUAAAGGACUAUUAUUAUUCAGUUGAGAAGGCACGUUGGUGUCUCAUUACUUUUGUUCCUGGAUCUUUUGAGGCUCCGCACAACAAAGCAACAGAUCUACCGUACUAAAGCGCGAGCCCUUAUUGAAUACAACUGCGGUACUAGGACACUUUGGACAGGAACGUCAUGAGAGGCUGCGUCAAGGGCAAUGCAUUCUUCGUGUGUGUAGUUUUUGGACAGUUGUUACAUCGUUGCAGAACCGCAGGGGAGUUUAGGGAAACUGUGCGAAUGUACAGGCACGCCGUGUAUGACUGGAUAACCAGUGUUCCCGUACGCCACAGACAAAAGCAGAGACACAGUGUAGUGACACCCGAAAUAUUGAGCGCGCACCGCUCCAAUAACGGAGGCAAGCACCGGGCGCAAGGGGAAAUGCACUGGUCUCGCGCCGUUGACAAGCCACACCGGUCAACGGUGGUCGUCUGUGUUCUACGUCAUAUUCAUAUCGGCAUUACUGUAGUGGCAUGAUGCGGCUCUCCACAGUUUUAUCAGUUACUUUGUUUCCUCUUCUUUGGGCGGUAUUGACUUACGAAUCAUCUUGGUCUGUAGCUUCUCCCACAGCGCCGGGCGAACUCGCAGAAGCCAAACUCCUCCCUCUUAUUAAGCGGCACGACGUACCACACACCCGCGUACUUCUGGUGUCUUUGCAAAAUCACCGGAACACGCAGUAUUUCGGAAAAAUCUCAGUCGGCAACCCGCCUCAAUCGUUCAACGUUGUGUUUGAUACGGGCAGUCACCACUUUUGGAUCCCUUCAAACGAGUGCCAGGCUUCUUCAUGCAGAGCUCAUUCUCGCUUUGAUGGCAGUCGCUCGUCAAGCUUUCGCCACCACAGCAACAAUGGGUGGAACGAAUGUGUCACCGUCACCUUCGGAACCGGGCGCGUCGUUUACCGGAAGGCGCUAGAGGCAAUCAGAAUCGGAGAUGCUGCGAUCCCCAGCCAAGCAGUUGGUCUUGUGGUUGAUCAGACAGACGAGCCGUUUGUAGAUUUACCGUUUGAUGGGAUCGUUGGGCUCGGUGAGUACUUUGUCGUGUACACUGGCAUGUGCUUGUCACGUAGUUCCUGCUUAGCCGGAUCGUACGAACGCAGCGGACAAAAGGAUUUGCUCGAUAAUCUCAAAACCGAGCGCGUUAUAGCAGACAAGAUCUUCGCCGUUUACUUGUCCAGACGCCGCGUUAUGGGUGGUGUAAUUAGUUUUGGAGGAUUUGAUCCAAGAUUUGUUCAGCAAGGGAAAAACAUCCAGUGGUUUGCCACGCUUCCUCAAGAAGGCUGGGCAAUUCCGCUCAUCGAUUUUAAGGUCGAUGGCGUCAGACUCCACCUUUGUUUCGAUUCCGCCGAGAGCAGAUGCGUAGCUGUUUUAGAUACUGGAACCUCUAGCAUUGGCGGCCCCAAGGCCGACAUCCAUCAGGUGCUCACCGCGCUCGGGGCAGCCCCAAGCUGCGAACGAAGAGUCGACAUGAGGCAUUUGACGGUUAUACUCGAGCAAGGAACACCUGGGCAGGAGAUCGAGUUCGAACUGACGCCCGCCGACUAUCUAGUCGAAAACCUAAAACCAUCAGAUGACUACACUUCAUGCCCCGCGGCGUUCAUGCCUCUAGAGUUGAAGCAACAUCCUGUCCGCAUCUUCGUAAGCAGAUUAAACAUUUGAACACUGCCAAUCUCAACCGGACGUAGGACUGGGAGUACAGAUUCUUGGUGAGGUAUUCAUCAGACGGUUUUACACAAUCUUCGACCGCGAGAAUCAGAGAAUUGGCAUUGUUGAAGCCGCUAGUGACGCAAAGCCUAGCAACUUGAGGAGAAACCCUCGAGAACGCUGGGAUGGAGUUGUCAAUGCAGACCGCAGCAGUUGGUUGUCUCCGGAUUAAAAGUACCUGGAGCUGACGACCUGCUUUUUAAUUGGUUGGGAAACGGGCUUUGUUGUGUUGUCAAGCAGAGACUUGCUUUUUUUACUAACCCUCUGGGUGUUUGGAUAGAUCGUGCUGUUGACAUUAUGAUUUCGUGCAGUACAUGGACUUAUGGUUUAUCCUUCGGCAACACAGUGUCCGUGAAGGCAUGAACCCCAUGUGCAAAGAACUAUGCAUGGGUUUCAGAAGUGAUAUUGACUCCUCCCAAUUCCUCCGUGGACGCCAGCGAUACGCUACCGUAGGAUUUGUAGCUGGAUGUCGAUGUUUGCCACUGUUUUAACAUUUCGAAAGUUUUUGGAAAGCUGAUAGCAUUCCAGAUGCGGGCGACAUUCUGAACCUUCUCGGCGACGGAAGCCAAUAACAUCUCCAGCGACAACGCACCAUCCGUGU